GCGAAGAAAUAUUCUCUCCAGAACUCUGCCAUCUGUGACCACACUAGUACUUGGUGAGAUAUAAUGGCAAACUCCCAGUUUCCCAGAGCAAGGAAGAAGGCGGCGGCCGGAAGUGGCCAAGGGGAGGGCCUCGGACUACAUUUCCCAGAAGCCCCCGCGCGCCGCUUCCGGAGACAUCUCGGGACUGGCCAGGGCUGCCCGCUCUAAGUUUCAUGCAGGCUCCUGCUCCUCGUCCGUGAUCCCCAGGCCCCGCAGAGAUGGCCGACACCACAUCGGUGCACGAGACCAGGUUCCAAGCGGCCGUGAAGGUGAUCCAGAGCUUGCCCAAAAAUGGUUCAUUCCAGCCAACAAAUGAAAUGAUGCUCAAGUUCUAUAGCUUUUAUAAGCAAGCAACUGAAGGACCAUGUAAUAUUUCAAGACCUGGAUUUUGGGACCCUAUUGGUAGAUAUAAAUGGGAUGCUUGGAGCUCACUGGGGGAUAUGUCCAAAGAGGAAGCCAUGAUUGCCUAUGUUGAAGAAAUGAAAAAGAUACUUGAGAGCAUGCCGAUGACUGAAAAAGUAGAAGAAUUAUUACGUGUAAUAGGACCAUUCUAUGAAAUUGUAGAAGACAAGAAGACCAACAGAAGCUCCAAAUUAACAUCAGAACUUGGUAAUGUCCUAACUUCAACUCCCAGUGCAAAAACUGUGAAUGGGAAAGCUGAAAGCAGUGAUAGUGGUGCUGAAUCUGAGGAAGAAGAAGCCCUGGAAGAAGUAAAGCAAGUGAAAGAGAGAGAAAAUGAACUUAAAGUGGAGCAGGAAUCAAUAGCUAAUAAGGAUUUAGAAGAUGUUUUCACUAAUGGCUAUGACAAAGAUAGUCUUAUUGAUGCUAGUUCCUCCAUAAACGGUACUAGCACUGAUGAGGAAGUAAAGAAAAAUCAAAAUUUGGAACAAACUGGAAUAGCUACUGUAUGGCCGCAACAAGAUUCAAAUGAUGAUCACGUUGAAGAUGUCUCAGGGAUUCAGCAUUUGACAAGUGAUUCAGACAGUGAAGUUUUCUGUGAUUCCAUGGAACAGUUUGGACAAGAAGAGUCUUUGGAACUGUUGACAUCAAACAGAGGAGCAUUGAGAUAUUCACCCCAUUGUGUGGCGGUUGACCACAGUCAGCUAUUGGAAAACUCUGGUUUUCCUGAGGAAGAUCGAGUAUCCUCUGAAAACUUCAGGGUUGAGGACAUGCAGGAGCGAGCAGGUGAAGGAAAAGGUGAAGUGAAGCGUGGGGGAGAAGAUGGCAGAACCAACAGUGGAGCAGCAUCCCACAGGGAGAAACGGGCCGGAGAAAAGGAAGAAGGGUCUGGAUUCAGAAGAGGGAGAGGUCACAGGAUGCAACAUUUGAGUGAUGGGACUCAAGGGGGACAGAUGGGAAGUGGAGGCGAUGGAGAGCGCUGGGGUGCAGACAGAGGCCUACGAGGCAGCCUAAAUGAGCAAAUUGCUAUAGUCCUCAUGCGAUUACAAGAAGAUAUGCAGAAUGUCCUACAGAGACUUCACACACUGGAGACACUGACUGCUUCCCAGGCAAAGUCAUCAGCACUGCAGUCUGCUAAUUAUCCUCCUUCAUCGAAACCAUCAUGGUGGCCCUUUGAGAUCUCUCCCAGUGCAUUAGCAUUUGCAAUUAUAUGGCCUUUUAUUGCCCAGUGGUUGGUGCACUUAUACUAUCAAAGGAGGCGGAGAAAACUGAACUGAGAAAAUAAAUGGUAUGUUUGAUUAAUAACUACUGGAACUGGAAGACCUUGGAGUGAAAAGGAAUAUGAAGUUCACAAAAUCUCAGGAUCUGAGAUGGCUAGAAUUUCCUUUUGUUGUCCAGUAACUACAGUAGUUUGGUUUUUGUUUGCACUACACAAAUAACAUUUUAGGGACUAAUAUUGAUACUUGAAUGAUCAAUCUCAACUAAAUUAUGAAGUUUAAAUAUAAUUACCCUCUCCUUUAAACCAGAAGGAAAAGGAGUUAUUGUUUAGUAAUGUCCACCGGAUGAUACAUUAUGUGAUAAUGUGAACUGCUCUUUCAAAAGACAGCCAUGAUAACAAAAUCAGAUAUUUAGGUUGGUUGGUUUUUUUGCUUUUUUUUUUUUCCUGAUGUUCUAAACAAAACACCCACCAUACCCAAAGUUCUGAUUAUGUGGAAGCUUGUGACCCAGGGGGAGAAAAGUGACUUUUUUGGAAGGAGAAACAGUGACUUUAUACCUGUUAUCAAAUUACCACAUGGUGAAAGGAAAAAACCUUGAGGUGAGUUCCACAGUUCACAUGGUAGGCGAACCACCAGGCUUUUGCCUAGCCAGUUUCAUUACAAGGGCUCUUGGUGUUCAAGCAUCUUCACCCACCAUGUAGAGAGUGGGUUUCAGUGUUUGGUUUUUUCUCUCUGAUGAAGCUCUAAUUGGCUUCACUUCCAUGGGCAGGGUUUCAUUUCCAACACCACCACCCCCCCCCCCCCGGGUGCAUGUCAUGCAUGACAGAGAGGAGAAAAUGGGGGGUGUUGAAAGUAAAUACUGAGAAUGCUGCCUAUUUUUACUCAAGCAUCUAUUCCUUUGUAAUCACUUCAUUUAACUGAGGAACUGUAGCUUCUACAUAGGGUGCUUUGAAAUACAGAAUGGAAAUCUGUUUAUAUGCUUUUGCGUUCCAGAAGUACAGAGUUAGUUGGAAAUAUUUUCAUUAGCUGUUAAAAGGACUCACAGGGUCCCAGACGAGUCACCUGGUCUCAGUGCCUCAGCAUAUUCAGUGUAAAUGGGGACUACCUUAGCGUUGCACCUACCUCACAGGGAUGUGGGGAGGAUUUAAGAGAUAUAGGGCCUGGUGCUAUUUUAUGGACAUGAUCCCCAAGAGCUGGGGAAGAACGCUGACUCUUUUUGUCCAGUGAGGAGCCAUUUAGAGCCUUGAACAGCAUUAUUUAGCAUUCCAAGGAUACUAAAGGCAUCUUGGUGGCCUGAAAAAGUUCAAGCACAUCCUCAUGUUCCAGGUCCACUGAAGUAGUGUAAUUGCUGGCUGGUUCUUAUCCAGGAUUUGUAACAUUUUGAGGUUCUCUCAUGAAUGGCAUGAUCAUCAUCUAAUUCUUAAGCAAUAAGUUGCUGUGUCAGGUGCUAGGAGUCCAGAGUAUUCUUAUUCAUUAGUAAGAUAGAUGAACUUAUUCUACCCUGGUGUAAUGAGUGACCUUAUUCUCAAGUCCCUUUUCUUCCACAUAACUUGCCAGCUAUUUUUUAUUACCUCUUUGAUUACAGAAAUAUCUCUUUAAAAAGAUCUGCUGAAGAUCUCCAUUUAAAAUCUACUUUAAGACUUGGGAGUAGCGGGGGGGGGGGGGAAUGAAGUAAAAAAAAUUAAACAAAAAAACCACCCAGUUUUAUGUAAAGAUAAAGAUUAGAUCCCUGGAUCAGGGAACAGGUCAUUGUGAUUUUCUUUUCAAAAAACAGGACACUAAUGGGGGAUGAUUAAAAAAAAUAGUGGCUUUUCUUAUUGUGAAAAGAAAAUUACUUGUACAUCUUAAAUCACACCGUAAAACAAGCAGUUUGAGUUAUCAUGAGAAAUGCAGGGGUGAUAUCAUUUGUUAUCAUGUCCCAAAGUUUAUUUUAUAGUUCAGAAAGCACUUUGCAUACGGCUCUGUUGUAUAUAAAAGUGAAGAUGUAAUUAUAGGAUUUAGUGCUAUGGCUUAAGGUACCUGAUUUUAAAUCUUAAAUUAAGACUCAUAGUUUUAUAUUGGAGAAAUGUUUAUUGUGUAGCAGAAUACAAAAUUUAAAUAGCAAUGAGAAGUUUUUAUUAUUAACUUUCAGGCGUCUUGGUGGAACUGUACCACAUAUAUGUUAUGCUGAUAGCUAUGUUGGAAUUAAAUCAGUAACAAGAAAAUUAAGUAAUUUUUAGUAAAAAAAAGUCAGCUGCACCUUUUAAUGUGUCCAGAGCACUGCUAUUGCCUCUAUUUUAGAAACAGCAGAUUCUUUUAGAAUAAGGCUAUUAGAAUUUGUCAGUUUAUCUACAGCAGGGUUGAAAGCAGGAUGAAGUGUCUGUUCAAAGGCAGUCUAGUAGCAACCCACAUGAUGAUGAUGUAUGUGACUCGUAUAACAGGGCCUGCUUGUAGAACUCUUAAAAACUCUACCUUGCAGCGAAAAAGGCUUAGAGUUUUUGUGAAACAGUCUUUGCCUUCUUGUGCUUCAAUUAAAAGCCCAGUUUGUAGCCAAGCGGAACUACUGUGUAGGAAUCCAAGGAAUAAAAUUCAGGCCACAAAUGCAACUUGAUUCCAUGAAGUUGAAAAGGUCAGCCAUAUAAAUUGGCAGUAAUACCCCUUGGGGCCAGGGCCUGAAAGGCUUACUUGCUGUGGACAAGUCGAAACUUAAAUAAAAAUUGGAAAUUCAGCCUCCA